AUGAUGACGGGGGACUCGUGGGCGAGUUCAGUCACGAGGACGCUGUUCGAUGAGGUGGGGCCGGACAAUGAGCUGCGAGGAAACUUGAACCGACGAGUGGCCCUGUUCUCGGUCUCCUAUGUGAUGAUCGCGACCAUAGUCCUGGUGAACAUCGUGGUGGCUGUGCUGUUGGACGAGUUCAUAGCCUCGGUGACAAGGGAGAAGGAAGAGCACGAGAAGCAGCUCAAGCAGCAGAAGGAAGUGGAAGCGAAGGCGUCAAGGAUCUCCGGGGUGCUGGAUCCUUUGCUCCUGACUAUCUCGUCCUUCAACGAUAGUUUGGACCUUUCCAAGCGCAUCUCGCAAAUGUACAACUCCCUUGAUGCUGACGGAGGGGGGACUGUGAGCUUCAACGAGUUCAACCACGGGCUGAAGCAGCUGCAGCUGCCGACUCCGAUCCAUAUCACUCUUGACGACUACGACGUCAUCACGGAGGGAGGGAGGCUCUGCAAUGCCAAGGGAGAGUUUGACGCCGACCACUUCCAGGCUAUGAUCAAGGGCGAGUUGAAACGAUACGCACAACGAUGCGCGGCAAACACUAUGUCGGAAACAGAGAGGCAAGAGGAACAUUCCAUCCUGUUCAUUCUGAAGCUCCUAACGAUGACCGUCGAGGAGAUUCAUGCGGGGAUGAAGCACUUGGAAGACCAGCAGGCGGCAUUGAGGCGAGUAGGCGAGGAGCUGAAAGCGAGCAGAAGAGAGCAGAACAUUCAACACAUGGAGGUUUGCGAACUGCUACAGCAGGUGAUACAGAAGAUGGGGUUUGAGGCGUCGAGACAGCAGUUGUCGAGCACGUCAGGCCCUAGCAAGAGAGAGGUGACUCCUGCCACGGCGGUAAGGCUGCCAGAAGUCCAGCUGACAGACUCCAGAGAGGUCGAGAGCCGCUCCGAUCAGAACCUCUACAGCAACGUGUGCUUCCCUCCUACCCCGAGGAUGAGCAGCAAUGAGAGAGCGAGAGCGAAGGGGCGGGGGAGCGAGCGAGUCCCCCCGGCCUCCAGCGUUUCUGUAAACGACUGUAAGGGUCAGGUCCUAACCUUGAAGAUCGCAAACCCCAGGAAGCUCCCGAGGGCCCAGCCGUCGCUUCUUCAAGCAGAGAAAACAGAGGAGCAGCUGCACUUUAGCCAGGGCAGCGAGAGAGAGCGAGACGAGAGGUCGAAGACAGAGAGGGUCGCUCAGCUGACGCUGCACAACGGCAGCAAGGAGGGGAGAACAUCGCGUUCGCGGUUGGCGGCGGAGUUCCUGCUGGUGAGUCAGCAAGGAAGAGACGAGGCCGCCAAGGUGAAGGGCAGGCGUUCAGGUCAGAGCCAAGUCAAACUGCCUCACUUGUCCUCCGCCGAGUAA